AUGAACUACAAAAUCAAGUCAGUUCGAAAUGAAGAUGGAGGAACCGCCUACUCAAUCCUCGCUUGCGCAGAUGACGUCGAAGCACGCCGGCACAAGAGAGAUCCCUGGGGGGCAAAGUUCGUCAACAUCGCGCUCUCUUCCUUCAACCAACCGGGAGCUGAUGAGGGCCAAAAUGAUACUGAAGUCGGAAGGCGUGAGGUGGAAAUUGCCUCCACGAACGUUCACGUUCGUGUUGAGCUGAUCAAAUGCAUGAAAGAUAAUUUGGCCAAAACUACUGCAGAAGCGGUGAAGCAUCACAAAUCCGUGCGUCGAAAUACAAAGAAGAAUGGAAGAAAGGGAAGAAACGGCACAGUGGAAGUGGAUGAGAUGGAGGAAAGAGGUGAAGGGAAUCAGACGAAGGAAGACUCCAGCCGCGUCUUCGUCUGUGAGGAAACAUAUGAGAGGCUCAGAGCACUCAACGUGCUGCCACCUUCCGACGAUGUGGUGGAGCCAGCUGCAUCUAUGCCGGUCAAUCUGGGGCUCCAACAAGUUGCUGACAGCCUGGAAGGUCUGUCAUGCCCUAAUUUCCUUCCGGAGAGCGACCUAUGCUUCGACCUCGAGAAAGAAGCUGGAGAGACACUCGAAUCUGUCAUCGAGAAAUUGUUUCCGUCCGGGGUGUUUACAGCUCCAUCUGCUGCUAUCGAGCGUGAAGCAGCAGAGCAGCUCGUGGAUCUGCGUCCCUUCGAGCAUCUAAUCCUUCCCGUUACCAAGCACCUUACACUGGGGGAAUCCGACGAAGACGUAUCAGUAGAUGGAGAAAAUUUUGAACACUUUCUGUCCCACGCUGACAGCGGAGUGGAGGAGAAACCCCAGCAACAUUCCAUCUUUGAGAGGGAGGCGUUUGAACAGUGGCUGCAAGAUCAAGGCGGCCGGAGGUUACAGACGGAAGCCAGGCCCAAAGAGUCGAUCACUUUCCAGCCGCCAGCUUCAAUUGGUGAUCAACUUGAGCGCUCGCACGACGGAGGCACGAACGUAAACGAGACGGAAGCUUACGUCUCGCCCAGCCAGUACCAACUAGCCGCUCUUGAAGAGCAGCCUGAGAAAACGUCAGGAAAUAGUUACUAUCUAGAUCCGGAAGAGGAUUUGGAAGAAGUCCCUUUCACAGAGGACUUUGAUCCAGUCGAACAGUUCGAGCAGGAGAUGAUCGAUCCAGCGAGCCCUCACAACCUAGAAGCAGAGUCAGAACGACCUAGCAAAAUGUACAAUGACCGCCCACCGUCAAAGCCUCCUAGUUUUGAUCAGGACCAGCCCUUUCGCCCGCAAUUCAAGCAGCGAAAGACGUUUGCGGCUCUAGAACUGAUCGUCAAAGAACAUUCUGAGGUCCCUCUGGAAGAAGUCCCUCCGGAGGUGAACCCGGAAAACCCUUCAGAGGCGUCUCAGCAGUUUGAAGGGACUCGUCUGAAUGCAAACCCAAUCAGACCUUCGUUCAAACCCUUGAGAAGUUCUAGGCUUCUGGAGAGGCUAGAAGAAGCCAUUCAGAAGGAAGAAGUAGAGGAGAACAUCGAGUCGUUCGACGUAGAAGAGAAGGAGAACCAUCCACCGGAGCCCGAGGAAGGCGAGCAGGAGCAUAAAAACGCAGCGAGUCCAAAGCAGGGAGCUUUUGAUAUCAGAUUCGAGGAAGAAGGAGAAGUCUACUUGCCCACUCCAAAGUCAAAGACAAGAAAUCCAAAGGGAGGCGGGUCCAAGAAGAAGUUGAACAGAACAGAUCUGGUGAUCGCCAUCAGCGAGAGGGAUGUGUACGAAGCAAAGCAGUAUCAGAGACGGCCGCUGGGGAAGCAGAAGAUCUAUAAGCCGGUCAAGGACUUUGAGCAGCUUUUGUUGGCUCCUGAGCCCGAGAGCGUGAGCUUCGACGAUUACGCAGGCGGCAAUCGGGACGAGAAGCCCUUGCUUCCAGAGCUGGUUCUGGAACCCGGCAUGUUCAAACGGGCACUGUCAAGACCGAUCGACGACUUCCACCAUUACCGCAAGCUGUUGUUGACGGACCCUUUCAAGCUACCGGGCUGCUUCAAAGCUGACGAAAGCGCUCAAGAGCCCGUCGGGAACGCCGGGGACGAGCUUCCAGACACCCCGCCGCCUGCUCCGUCGUGGCCAGCCCCCUGGGACCCUGAAAGGCUGGAUCGAAGGGCUAAUCCGGCAGAGGGGGAGGCCUCUUUGGACGCUCCGCCGCGAGACGCCUACGUGACUCAGCAGGGGACAGAAGAGGAGUUUCUAGAUGGACCAGGUGCUACAUGGCAAGAAGUUGACUUUGACACCCACUUCGACGCCGUCAGCGGCUCCCCAAACCAUCCCGAACAAUCGGGCGCAGUUCCAUACGGCGACGAGGCCCCUCAGUUCUCCGCACGAGAGCCGCCCACAGCACCACCGGGUGACACCCAAAUCCCCCCGGGCGCUACCCCGGUCGGAAACAAGCAGCUGACACUGGCCGGUCGGAAACGGUACCGACUGGAGCAGAUGGUAGCGGAGGCAGUAGAAGCAGAGAGACGGGCCUGGCAGGAGCGGCUGAAGCGACAGGACCUGGGGCCGGUCUCGGCGGCGCUGCUCAAGGGACUGGGUGACGCACACAGGGAGGGGCGGCGGACGUCAGCAGAGGUCACGUGCCUGACGAUGGGACAACUGGCGCGGAGGUGCUUCGGGCGAGAUGGGCUUACGGAGUCAGCGGACGCAUCGCCUCAUCGCUGCUUCGUCGCCCUGCUUCACGUUGCGACGCAGCACAACAUUGGGGGCAGCCAGGCAAGCAGCAUGGCGAGGUGCUCCAUCCGCCUGCAUAAUCCUGGGUCGAAAAUUGAAGAGGUAGUGAUAUCGGUUGUUCGGGAGAGCUCUUAA